AUGAGGAUUUUUGCAUUUUUGUUUCGAGAGACUCCAAUAUCAAAUUUAAGAAGUGUUCGAGAAAAUAUGUAUUUUAUGAAACGUUUUUACAGUUCCAUAAGCGCAACUAAGUCAGGUCGAACGAAAGUUACAAUAAAUACCAUAGAAAAAUUGUACAAGGACAAAGAGGCAAUCACUAUGCUCACCGCUUAUGAUUAUCCUUCAGGAUUAUUUGUCGAAAAAGCAGGAAUUGAUAUUUGUCUUGUAGGCGAUUCAUUGGGAAUGGUAGCAUUAGGUUAUCAAAAUACUUCACGGAAUACCAUGGAGGAAAUGCUUCAUCAUUGUCGAGCCGUUGCCAGAGGUGCAAAAUCACCUUUCUUGGUCGGUGAUAUGCCAUUUGGAAGUUACGAGACGAGUCCUACGGAUGCAUUGAAAAAUGCUAUUCGCUUUAUUAAAGAAGGAGAUAUGGAGAGUGUCAAGUUAGAAGGUGGAUCAGAAAUGUUGGAAACAAUUCGAAAAAUCACACGUGUAGGAAUUCCUGUAAUCGGUCACGUUGGUUUGACUCCACAACGACAAGCUUCUUUGGGUGGAUUUCGGGUUCAAGGGAAGACCGUUGAAAAUGCCAAAAAACUUAUAGAUGAUGCGAAAGCCCUUCAGGAAGCUGGCUGUUUUGCUAUAGUGAUUGAAGCGGUAUCUGAACCUGUUGCAAAUUAUGUGACGAAAAGGUUAAGUAUACCAACCAUAGGUAUUGGUGCGGGUGCUGGCACGAGCGGUCAGGUUCUAGUUCAACAAGACAUGUUAGGUUGCUUUGAUCGUUUUGUCCCUCGGUUUUGCAAACAAUAUGCCAAUCUUGAUAAAGUUAUAAUUGAUGCCAUCAAAACCUAUAAUAAAGAAGUAAAAACCGGAAUAUUUCCUACCGCAGAACAUAGUUAUCCAAUGGCAAAAGGAGAAUACGAAAAAUUUUUACAAUUUAUCAAUGAGAUCGAAAAGAAUUCCGAUAAAUAA